AUGGCCAUUGAGAACGGGUACAACCGCACAAACGAAGCUGCCGUGACUCGGGUUUCUGGAGACAUCAGCUUGGAUGAGACGGAGAAGCUUCCGGUGACUUUGCUCAGUGGCUUCUUGGGUGCUGGGAAGACGACAAUGCUCACGCAUGUCUUGAACAACCGGGAGGGCAUGCGGGUCGCAGUCCUCGUGAACGAUAUGGCAUCGAUCAACAUCGACGCGGACCUUGUCGCCGACGGCGUGCGCUUGCAGGAGAAUAAAGACAAGUUGGUGGAACUCCACAACGGCUGCAUCUGCUGCACCCUGCGCGAGGAUUUGAUAGAGAGUGUCAAAGCUUUGGCCUUAGAGCGCCGCUAUGAGCACCUCCUAAUUGAGAGCACCGGAAUCUCCGAGCCGAUGCCUGUGGCCAGCACAUUCGCAGCUUCCGAUGACAAGGGCCUGGCGCUUCUGGGCGGUGUCGCGAGGUUAGACACACUGGUCACGGUGGUUGAUUGCAAGAACUUCCUGAAUGAUUAUCGCUCAGAGGAGAGGGCUGUGGACCGGAAGGAGCUGGGUGCUGAGGACGGCGACAAGCGCUCCAUCGUGGACCUCCUGGUGGAGCAGGUGGAAUUCGCGAACAUGCUGGUCCUUAACAAGACCGAUCUUGUCUCUUCCGAGGAUCUUUCUCGCCUCAAAAGCAUUCUGCAAAAGCUGAAUCCGGUGGCACGUAUGGUCGAGAGCCAGUUCGGUGUCGUCAGCCCGAAGCUCGUGCUGAACACGGGCAGCUUCGAUAUGAAGUGGGCUAGCAUGGCACCGGGAUGGGCGAGGGAGCUCCAGGGACAGGGCCACAAGCCUGAAUCCGAGGAGUAUGGCAUUUCGAGCUUCGUUUAUCGCGCGGACCGCCCCUUCCAUUCUGAGCGCCUGGCGACCAUGCUUCAGAAAUUCUCCUUUCCGGGCAUGCUGCGCUCCAAAGGCAUUCUCUGGUGCAGCGGGAACAACGAGUCAGCUGUGGAGUGGAGUUCGGCGGGGCUCAUCGGCGAGAUCAAGCCGGGGCCCAGGUGGCUCGCCACCUCGGUGCCGAGAGCUCAGUGGCCGGCGCAGGCGGAGAAGUUCAAGGCGAGUCGCCACGGCGACCGACGGACGGAGAUCGUCUUCAUCGGAGCUGAGAUGGUGGAGGCUGACGUAAGGGCAGCCCUCGACGAGUCCUUGCUGACCGUGGAGGAGUUCCGGCAGGGAGCGCACCUGCCCUUUUACAAGCCCUUGCAGUGCUCCUUUGCACCGGAGCCUCGGGGCCCAGGAAGCCUGCAAAAGCAGAUCGAGGCUUAG